GGGCGCCAUUUGGCUGCCGGAUCCUGCUCGCUCUGCGCCUCUGCCGUGCCGGGAGAAGGUGUGAGUGCAUGUGCAGUGCAUGGUAUCAACACUGUUGCAGUACAGAAAUGUCUGAGCUACUGAAGAAUCAUUCACAACUGGAAGCAAGACUGUGAAGCCUUGCAGGUAGAGGAGAUUCCGUAACAAGAUAAAGCAAAAAAGAAGAGACAUCUUUUCUUUCCCAGCCCAGAAAAAUAAGCUGUUGGAUUAAAAUCUGCAAACAGUGGAGAGUGCCAGCAUGAGCAACGAGGGGCCAGAGAAUCCCAUUUCAUCUACACCGACUGAGGGCCUGAAGAGAAAGAGGGGGAGACCAAAGAAGCAGCCACAGGAGGAUGGUGGAAACACAGCUAUUGUCCCACAGGAUGCUGUGGAAUCACAGCCAGUGAAGAAACCACGAGGAAGGCCAAAAGGAAGCAAGAAAGCGACUGUUCUAACUGGGGGAACGGCAGAACCUCCUGCUGGGAAAAGGCCAAGAGGGAGGCCCCGCAAGUGGCCUCAAGCAGUGGUCCAAGAAGGAGAGUCUCAGGGAGGAAAUCCUCUGGAAAGCAGUGACUUGAAUUUGAACUCGGCACCAGCCACACAAGGAGUCACUGGAAAAGACGGUUCCAGGUCUGGCAAAACCACUGGUUUUAGGAGAUGUCUGAGUAACGUCCCUGCUGCAGCUCAGUAGUGUCCCACCUGUUCAUGUCUCACUUGAAGCCAGAGGACUGGAAAGCAAACAGGACUUUUAAUGUUGUAUUUCAGUUUCUUCAUUUGUGAUAAUUUUAGCCAAGCUCUCUCCUGUUGCCUGUGGACAUGCUUACCACAAACAUCCAAACAAGGAUUUAGGGGAAGAAAUGGCAAAUGCCUUGUUGGAGAGAUGCCUUUUACAGUUUGUAGUGUAUCUUUUGUGAGUAUAAUAAUUUCACUUGAAAAUACUUGGAUAACCUGGUGCCUUGCCCUGCCACAGAGAGCAGUAUUUCAACAGAAGUUGACACAGCAAUACAGAUAUAGCAAAAGAAAUCUAUUGGCACAGCUAAUGGCUGAGCUUGUCUGCUGUAUCACCUCUGGCAGACUGAUGGAGCAGUGCCAUGAGUUAAGUUUUGCUGUGUUGCCCAUAGGGACUGCAUCUGAAAGACAGCCUGAGUCCUUUCAUGACUAUUUCAGAAAGAAAAACCUUCAUGGCAUUUCCAGCUUGCACUGUGUUGCUGUUCCAGUGGCCACUGACUUGCAUGCUUUAGGGGAAAGUUUGCACCCUGAUGUCUUAGGGAUUGAUUCUGAAUUUUUUAUCUUAAUGUGAGCAGCUCAGGGCCUUCUGUAACUUCCUCUGGCCUGGUGUCUCUUGCCAGAGUUUGAUGGCAGCUCCAAGUGCACAGUGCUUACAAGCUUAGUCACAGCCACUGGAAUUUCAUCCCUUCUAAGGGGUGUCUGUAAAGAACCAGUUAUAGAAGUUGCUUCCUUGCACGGACUCAGGCUUCAAUUUAAAUUCAGUCCCUAACAUGCGUGUGUGGGGUCCUCUAGUGUCACAACUAUGCAAAUAAAAGCUGCUGAUAGUUUCGUUUUGGGAGACAAGCAGUAGCCAGUUGGUUUGAGGUUGUUACUGGCUGCUCUCAGGUUCACACUGUUUGCAGAUUUGUGCUUUUAGUGUCAGAGCUGAACUUGUUAAAUUCUGAGGAACUUGAGGGUAUUUCCGAUAUCCAGUUGCAAGUAGAAAUCCUGGUGCUAUUUUCUAUCUCCUGAAUGUUCUGCCUGCCUAUUAAAGGGACAAAGUGGAUAUUUCAAUUAUCUCUGACAGGAUGUAAAAUUGGCUAGCUUUACAGUGUUAAAUAUUUAAACAGAACCUAAUUGGCUUUAAAUUUAUGGUGGUGCAUAGCAGAAGCCCAUCAAAUGGCUGUAUAUAUUGAACUCAUUUAUUAUCUUUCCAUCAGAGUUCUGUUCCAUUGGCAAGUAUUUAUUUAACACAAGAAAAUGUAUGCGGAAUUAAGAAGGUCUGAUUGGAGAGAUAAUGGGGGAAAAGUGGGGUUUUUUUUACCUUUUUGUAUCACUUUGUCCAAUCCACCCAGUUUAGUACUGAUGAUUCCAUUAAUUCUGCUUAGCAGUGAUGAGAGUCCCAGUCCUAAUUCUGUGUGGUGCCUGCUUUGCCCUAAAGGUACUCUCUCGUGUAUGGAGCUUGGUGGUCACAGGAGAAAACCACAUCACAGAUAAUCACAUAGUGCCUCCACUACCUGACAGCAGGGAAAUCAAGGACUAAAUGGAUUACAGGGACUGACCUAAAUCCUGAGCUACAGGAUGAGCUGUGCUACCAGAUACAAGGAGGAGCUGGGGAUAACUCCAGAUGGGGCAUGACACAAGUGAAUCUGUGCUGCUGAAGUUGCAGCUGGUGCUCCACUGAAUUCUGCUGCUCUUCAGUGCACACACAAGUUCAGCUGCAGUUCAUGUCUGUGUUCAAAGGCCACUCCAGUAGCAGACCAAAAUAUUUUACCAAUUUCUGUGCCUGAUUUUUCAGUUGACUUGGCAGGUCCAGUACUCUGUUUACAUGGCUUCGCUGCCUAUUUAAUGAACCCCUGCUACCUGAGAGCAAUAGCUGUUGCAGUGUGAGACUGGAACUCCAGCUUCUAACUGAAUUAGGGAUUACAUCUGUAAGAGACUGAAGCUUUUCCUGUGACAUCAGUCAGUCCUUUCUCAGGUGGUGGUAAGGAAUAGGGAUGCAAACUGUGUUAGCUAGAUAGUAAAUCCAUCUGCUUUAGGCUAGCAGUAUUACUCUAGGAAGUGCAUGCAAUGUACUCUUAAAAUUUAAAAAAAAUCUAGUCUUUGCUACCCCUUACCACUCUGCUGAAAAACCACAGUAAAGAACUUAUUUCUAUAAAAGUGCAAGUGCAGGAAGAGAACAAACAGAAUUCCACUCUUUUAGGAGCUCUUCUUUGUGCAGUUGAAACCCCAAUCCAUAACUUUGGCUUCCAUGUUUAUGCAGAGAAUGAAAGUCAACGCCUGUGAAAGGUGGGCAGAAUUCCAGACAUCUUCAGGGAGCUAGGAUCUCACACUGGAUCACUUGGAUUGUCUUUUUUGAAAUUAGAAAUGUUUUUAUUUCCCAUAUGGUUAAUUACCUUUUCUGUGUAGACAAACCUACCUCUUAAGCAAGUGCAUGUCAAGUGUUUUUAAGCUCAGGCAGUUUUGAUCUGACUUGGCCAAAAAUAAGAGGUCAUUGCAGUUGGUUAAACCACAGGAGGUGAGCAAGGUUUGUUGUCUAGCAAAGUUUGGAUGUUUCCCAUAAAUGGUUUUGGUGAUGGCAUAGAGAGUGUUGGCAACUUGCAAAUUAGCCUUGAAGUUUGUUUUAAAUAAAGGUAAUAAACAAAAA